AUGGGUCUAUAUAAGAAUUCGGCACCCGGCUCUUCGUCAUCUUUGAGUUUGUUGACUGAGGCAGUGCCGUGUUGUGUAUUCAAUCCAACUUUCUCAAGAACCAAAAUAAACAAAAUGCAAUUAACCACAAUCGUCGUACUGGCUUGCUUGGUUGCGACCGUAGUGGCUAGCGUAAACUACGAAACUCCUGUUGAAGAUGUACUCAGCUUAAGAGACGAUGUCUCGGCAUACGAAUCAAUGUACGGCGAAUAUGAGAAUGAAAGGAGCCCAAGGACGAAAAGAGGUCUCCUAUUGUUGAAGAAAAAGUUACUAUUAGGUGCUCUAGGAUUGAAGGCUGCCAAGGUGGGCGCGGUAGGAGCUGGUAUAGCCGGAGCACUCGCUCUCAAGGGAAAAGCAUGGUCGGGU